AUGCACUGCCAGGACUGGACAUGGUCGUUUGUCCUGGGCUGGCUGGUGGUGGCAAUAGCUCUGGUGCAGAGCGCCGCAGCAGCCUGGCCGUUUGGUGGAAAGAAGGGACCCGACGACAGCAUCGCUGGCACACGGACUACAACGUUCGUGGACCUGCUCUCGUCAGACGCGCGGUUCAGCGAGUUUCUGCACACAGUCCAGCGACUGCGGAUGGUGAUACCGCUCAACCGCAUCCGGAACGCAACACUGCUUGUGCCGACAAACGAGGCACUGAGGCGGUAUCGCAAGGAGCACGACACAACGACGGUGACAGGGAACGUGUACCGUGGUGUAUCGGACUUUCAGGCAUGGUACCAUCUGAUUGGGGACAGGCCAGUCAACUGGACGGACUUGGUGGGUGGGGAUAUGGUUUGGGAGUCGUUCAGCAGGCUCACGCACAUUUCCGGCCUUGAUCCGCCAAGAAACGGAGAGCACCAAUAUGGAGAUGGACGGCAUGUGGAGGUGAACGGCGUGUCUGUGCUCAAGACCAACAUGUCUUGCAGUGCAGGAAAUGUUUUUGCAAUUGACGGCCUGCUGACUCUGCCGCCCACCAUUCAGGGGGUGCUGCGCGCGAACGUGGCGGAUAAUCAGGCAGCACCCACAGAGCGCGCGGGCUAUGGCGACUACGACUUUGUCGAGAAGCUGGUUGCGGCAGCCGGUUGGUCGUAUGUGCUGGACAGCGAGCCGCAGCGCAAGAGGGACGAGAUGGAAGCCAAUCGCAUGCGCACGGUGUGGGCUUUCACAGACCAGGCGUUUAGAGACGAGUUUGGGUUUGCCGAGCGCGCGUACCUGAUACACGGCGCCGAGUUUGCCAAGGAUGACAAGGAUGAAGUAGCGCUUGCACUGAGGGACACGCGGCUGGUGGCAAGCCAGUUUGUCACCAAGGAGCCGGUCAGUCUGGCCCGGCUGGGCGAGGGCGAGCACAAAGUGGCCGGGUUUGUCGAGGGCACAGAGCAUACGGUGACUGUCGAUGCUGGGCUGAGCGGAACUGUCAACGGACUGCGCAUCAGCAAAGCAGACAUCAUUGCCAGAAACGGUAUCGUGCAUGGCGUUGAGAGCGUGCAGCGGCCGUCCGGGCUUGCAUUUACCCCGCAGAAGAUGCUGAUUGGCCUGAAUGCAACGCUGUUUGUGCGCGAGCUCAAGGACGCCGGGCUGCUUUCGUACAUUGACGGCUCCGAGCCCGACCGCAAGCUGACCCUUGCUGACGCCUUUGGCGCUGACCUGGAUGACGGCGACGACAUGCUGGUGGAAGCCGCGCAAAACGAGUACGACCUUGAUCCGACUGCCGGCCCUAUCGCCGAGUGGCGAGCCCCACACAACCGGCGGCGCGAGUGGGCGCAGUACCAUAUCGUCGAUGGACAGUACAACGUAGCCGAACUGGCAGAGACGCCGCUGGUGCGCACGCUACUGGCCAGCGAAUGGACGCAGGGGAAGCCGCAGGUGGUCAAGGCGUUUGUUGACCGGCCGCACGGGACCGCACGCCACGUGUCGUUCAACGGCGCCGACAACAUCCUGACAGAGCCCGUGGUGGUCGGCAACACGACCAUCUACCUUCUGUCGUCGCCGAUGCCCACACCACCAAACCUCGUCAAUGCCCUGAUACAGGAUCUGGACCUGUCGUUAUUUGUGGCCGCGAUGGGCGCGUCUCAGACUGCCAGCGAGAUUCAGCGGGAGCAGGGCAUCACGGUGCUGGCGCCAGUACUGGAGGCGUUCAUUUCCCUGGGCCUCGUGUGGUCGUAUCUGAGCCUGCCCGAAGAUGCCGAUGCACGCUCGGACUUGAGCCGUAUCGUGAAGUCGCAUAUCCUGACAAAGCCCGUGUACAGCGAUGAGAUCCCUAUGCACAGCGAUCUCAGCGCCGAUAUGCUGACGGUCAAGACGCUGAACGGCAACUCUGUUGGCUUGUACCGCACGCCCAAGGGCAUCUUUGUCGCGGCAGAGCAGAUCCAGGAUCCGCAGGCGCUGAAAAAGAGCACAAAGCACCAUAUCUCUGAGCCCGAUAUGCUUCUGCGGACCGGUGUGGCCCAUGUGCUGGAGCGCGGCCUGAUCAUGCCGCCCAAUGUCGACAUAACUUCAUCGAAGCUCCUGCGGGGAAUGAAGGCGCACGUGUUCCUGUCGCUCUUGGAGCGGUUCAACCUGACGCACGUCCUGGAGGCUCCCCCACCAGCACCGAGUGUGCCAGGGAAUGACAGUACCAAGAGCAGUGAUGGCGACAGUAAGCCAGUUGUUGGAUACUCGCUGCUGGUUGCCUCAGACAAGGCGUGGCGUGAGAAUGCAGCAUACCGCGAGAUGGUUCGUCGAGACCAGGAGGAGGACCGCCACAAUCCGUGGCGCAACUCGACCAACAAGGACAUAGAGCAGUACCUGGAGAUGCUGGUGCGCUUGCAUGUGAUCCCUGUUACCGACAUCCACCGAGAGCCCGGCGAGCGACUGCCUGCCAGCGACCUGACUCUGUCCGAUCGCAAGACGUAUGUGACCUUGCUCGAGGGCGCUAAACUGCGUGCUUAUGAGUUUGCAACCGACCGGUUUUCGCUGCAGCUGGACGGCAUACCGUUCUAUCAAUCGCCUGGUGGGAUCCCAUUCAUUUCCUAUGCGACCAUAGUAAGAGCCGGAUAUGGCCGAUCUGGCGCGGUGUUUGAACUGGACAGUGCGCUGAAGCUGCCGCCCAAGGACCUACUCGCACCUGGUGGGUGGAAGAAGGCGUAUUGGUGGACGCGUGCAGAUUAUCAGUCGCUGUAAAUAUUACACUGCAACUUCCUUUUGCAUAAACUGCUUUUGCAAUAUCGCAAAGGAAUACCAAUCCUCCCAAGGGCAUAUCUCUGAGCUCUCUGCAAAUGACAUGUAUUAGCAGAGUAUGUAGUGGCAUAUGAGACAUGGUAUG